UAAUGGACUUUAGACUAAAUAAAUUUUAGCGAAGUGAGCGCUUCGAUUGUUUUAACAUUGCUAAGUAAACACGAUGAGGUUAUCGGGCAUUCGUAAAUAAUUAUUACAUUCGUCAUUUGUCGACUGCGUGUCGUGUAAGCAACACGAUGUUAUUUCGAUUUGACAUGAUAUCGAUAUGCGGUUUUUAGUUUUGUUUAUUUUAUUUACGUGUGUGUGUUUGUGUGAGAACUACGAUAUGAUUGUUGGCGAUACGGUGCACAGGAAGAUGGUUUUCCAUCAGAGAGUAAAGGACUUUGCGAUACCGUUCAAGAAGAGAAUAAAAACAUUGACGUAUAACGAUGCCGAAAAACGAAUAAUUAAGGGUGUUGCAGCAAUAGACAAUGACUUUUCCCACGCCAGCGCUAAUAUAACAGACGGGGGCGUCGGCUAUUCACACGUCACAGUAAGAAUGAAAAGCCAACGGCAUCACCCUCUCAACUUUGAAGUCGAAAUAUAUGUCUAGACUUUUGUGUACAAACUGGAUCCUCAAUGGGCUGUGUGCGAUAUAAAAGUUAAUAACGUAUUUACAUUAAACAUAUAAUAAUUCUGCGAUCAUAUGCUGAAUGAUAUUUUAAUCAUUUAAUUUGUAUGUUAAAAAUCUUCGUGACGGUAACGAUGGUUCAAUAUUAUUAACGUACGAAUGUGUUUUAUUUAGUACAUAAAAUUUGUAUUCAACAAUAAGUAGGUUAGGCGACUAGACAAUUCUAUUGGUAUUUUGAUAUGUGUGGUGUGGCUAUUGUUUUCUGUGGUAUUGCUAUUUAUAAUAGUUCCACGAUUUCACUAUUUAUCGUCACGUUUCUAACGAAAUGAGUGCAAGAAAUUAUUUAUUUAUUUUAGUCCUUAUGUUUAUUAGAAAUAUGGGUUUUAUCGAUUUUCAUUUCAAAAUGCUUGUAUUGUGAUUUACAUUGUUGUUUAUCUGUAGUUUAGGUGUCAAUUUACAUUAUAUUUGUUAUAAAAUGUAUUUAUAAAAAUAUAUUCCUUUGUGUCUGCAAAAAUAACUUGAAUAUUUGGUACAUAAUGUAGAAUUGUGUAAAACGUCUCGUCUGGUUGAUAAUUGCCAAUACAACAAUAUCUUAUUUAUAUUAUAUAUUUAAUAUGAAGUUAAGUAUGUUUCGACUCAGAUAUGGCAAGGUAUUUUGUAAACAAUCUCUCUAUAUUAAGAUGACUGGUGGUUAAAUUGAGUUAUGCGAAAUAAGUGAACGUAGAAAUUUGAAGAACAAAUACUUGGACUUUACGCAUUCUUGGAAAUGAAAUAACAUAUUUAUUAAACGGAAGCAAUUAUUUUGUUUGUCACAUAACUAAUGUAGUGUCUCAAUUAAUUUUAAAUAAGAUUCUUUACUGUCUAGUUUAUAGAUAAUAAAAACAGAUAAUGUUUACUACUAAUGUGUAAAUAUUGAACAUCUUUUGUGUGAAGAAGACAAUACGUUACGACUGUCACGUAUUUAGUUUAAGAUGAAUUUGUACAGUGCAAAUAUAUUAACUUGAUGAAUGUGAGAUAUUUGGAAAGAUAGUUCUUAGUAACAAUGGAAUGGUGUCAUGUUACUUAAAUAAAACUAUUUAAGUGUA